AGUAAAGCAGAUUCAACCAGUUCUGAUAGGAGUAUCGAUGCACUUCUUCCCGCGUACUACGAUUCAAUUUAACGAGGUUUGUAGCAUCACCGCGAGAGUGCGCCAACAGCAACUCAAUAAAAUCUAAAGAGCGCCGGACGGGCGGUGUUCCGCGAUGCGUGAUGAGUUUGACAGCUCCCGCGUACUGAACGUUGUUUAAAAGUAAAAAAUCGAUCAAGAGAUGUGGCUAAGAAAAAAUCCUUAACACGUUUCCGUAUGCAUCCAUGCGAGGUCGUCUAAUAUGGGAGAAUGGUUGGGCAUAGAAUUAUCACACUGGUACUCUUUCUGGCAGCAUGGCACAAAGGAACGACUUUAGUGCCAAUAAGAUCUGUGGCUGUAGAUAUAGGUCAAAACUUGACAUUAGCAUGUGCAGAAGAAGAUGCACUGCCACAGUCAGGAGAAUCUGUUGGAGUGAUGUGGAUAAGGGAGGGACGCGAAGAUGGACAAAUUGAAAGACUAAAGGUUGAGCCUAAUGGAGCUUUGGAACUUAUUAAUGUUAGUGCAGAUGAUGCUGGAAACUACUCAUGCACCUUAGAUGAUGAUCAUGAUGCUGUCAAAACUAGAAUCAAUGUACAAGUUAGAACACCUCCUCCAGCUUUACAUAAUGUGUGGGUUAAACCAUCAACAAUAUUGGCAAAUAUUCUUUGGGAAGUAGCUGGCACAGGUGGUUAUCCUAUCAUAGAUUUCACUGCCGAAUAUCGUCUUAAACCGAAUGUGGGUGAAGAACCAGAAGACUGGAAGCCUAUUGUUCCAACGCACAUUCCUCCAAAUUCUAGGCAAAUUGAUGUGUAUCACUUGGUGCCAAACACUACGUAUUCUUUUCGAGUGUGGGCAACAAAUCAAUUAGGAAGAGGAGAAAUUGUUGAGGUUGAUGGUCAUACUCAUCACAGUAUUGAAGAACUAGAACUUGCAAGACACCUCUUAGCAGGUGUAGAAAAUUUUGACACUCGUGUCUGGGUGGCAGCAGUAGGCAUAGUUAUGGGUACACUUAUGAUUCUUGGUAUAGGUACUUGUUACCUCCUCUAUCGUGAGUGCAAAGUACCCUCGCAGCUGGAGGAGCAGGAAGUGAUUGAACUUGUACCCAAUAUCAUUCUGAAUCCAGGAUUUUUCGACGAAAGAACAGAACACAUUCCACAAGAUGAAAAUUUUAAUAACCAAACAACUACACGCUUAAACAAUAAUAGCGUUGUGCAACCUAUGCGACUUUAGCGAUUAAAUAUUUAGAUUUCUGUGGCUAAUUUUUUAUUAACAAGUGGCUUGAGCACAAUUUAUGUGUCACCUUAAACGUAAGUAACUGGAAUUACAAGAGGCCUCGAUUCCACCAAGUGUCAUAAUGCGUAGAGUCAGAUAAGCGAUGAAUAAUAAUCAUCGUAAAAGUGGAAAUUUAUGUUUAUAGUCUGAAAAUUGAGAGAUGCAUCAUACACGAAUAUUCUAAGGAAGUAAAUUUUUCACUU